AUGGAUCACGAUUGGUACACGGCAGAUCAUCAUGAGGCCAACGCAGAGUUUUUGGGGUACCAGGCCAUCGCAAUUUGGAGAUUUAGCACAGUGGAGCGGGCUAAACGGCCUGAGAGGGCUCCUCAUAUUUUCUCGACGCCAGGUGCAACGCUCCCCACAAGCCCCGUUUUGACAGUGUCUUGCUGGAUUUGGUUGGAUGGCACGUACCCCCACGCGCGCACAACAGAGUUUGGCUUCCACACUACCCUGAUCAAAACCGAUCUUUGCCCGAAGGAGCCAGAUCUGGGAUGUGUUCUGGCCGAGAUGUUGCGGCUUCCUCCGGAUAUUCGGCAGGCAAGAACAAGCGAGUAA